UUCGUUUCAAAUCUAUUGAAUGUGGAUUAACGGGUUGGACAGUGCAAUAACAUCAGUAGACUUUUUUUUCGGUGCCUGAACAGUUAAUUCUCAGGACGAAAGAAAAAAUCGGCAGAUUAUCGAAGUUGACAAACUCUCGAUAAAGAUAAACCACCCGGAUUUAAGUCGUACACAAUUACAUUCCGCUCUUAGAUAUGUAAACAGGACAUUUCGAUUUAAACCUGAGAAAAGGACCAACUCUAACUUGCGUUUAUCAUCUGAUGAGUGAAGGUGGAAGCGCGUCUGUGCCAUCAUCAAGCAGGAGUCCACUGACACAAGAAGCAAGGACUCUCGAUCGAGCUCCGAGUCGCGAAGACUUCACCAAGUUCGAAAGUAUAGUCAACAUGCCCAGAGGAUCACAGCUGCCCAAGAGGGUGCCCAAGGAGGACCCUGACAACGUGAGUUACGAUGAAGAGGACGGUGGCGGAGUUGGUAAUUGCUUGGCUGCAAUUAUCCAGGUUCCCGUACUGAUUGCCGCUGCGAUCAUCGUUCCCAUAUUUGGCCUCACGUUCAUCGUCUGUGGAAUUGUCUUCAUCAGCGAUUGCAAGAUUGAACCCAUGAUUCCAGUUUGGCUCAUUGUACAAGGUUUCAUACUGCUCUUCGGAAUUGGCAUCGGUGGUGUGGCCAAGAAGACCUCUAAAGAUGGAGGCGUCAACAUUGUUGUAAAAAUAGUCAGUUUUAUAAUCUUCCUGUUUACCUCCGCUUGGUUCAUUGCAGGAAACUACUUCAUUUACCAAGCUUGGGCAAAGGAUCCUGACUAUGCCCAUUUCUGGUACAACAACGGUUGCAACCCCGCCCUGUUCAAGCUUUCCUUCGUAUGCAUCAUUGUUCUGGACUGUCUCUUCGCCGUCUCCUUCGUCGUAGGAAUCCUCGCCUUCUGCCUCAGGGGAUGCAAGCGAAGAUAAACGAAGAAGACAAUAUGAAACAAAAUGUCCCAGUUCAGUUAGUCGUGUCAUCGGUCGAAAUGGUCAGAUAUCCCCUAAUUUUUAGGUGAACAGAAUUUUUUUUUUUUUUUUUUUUUUUUUUUUUUUUUUUUUUUUUUUAUAAGAUUUGGGGCUGAGCGAAAGUUGGAUGUUUUCACCUUUGGGAAAUAAUUCAUGACUAUCUCACAUUUAUUGUUGUUUUCUGUCCUUGAUGCUGCUCGGUUGUUGCAUUGUGUCGAACAAGACUUAUUACAUGUGACUCUUCUAAUUUAAAAGUGAUAGCAUAGUAUCCUUACAAGAACCUUUUCGAAUGCAGUCUUAAAAAUUGUUUUUCUUUCAUUCGUUAUCUCGGUAUUGUAUUUUUUUUUAAUUCAUUAUUUAUCUAGGCAUUAUUCUGAAAGUAUAAUGACGGCAACCCAUGAGUUUUGUCAUUUGUAUUAGCUGGAGUCGUGAAAUAGUUUGUCGAUAGCAAUUCUACAUACUUAAUUGUUGAUGAUCCCUCUGGAAACGUUUGACAAUUACCCUGUAAAAGGGGCGGGGCUAUGUGUUAACUUAAGAGUAACAUUCAGUCAUGUUAUGUAGAUGCAACUAAAGCAUAUUUGUCCUGUAUUUGGUCUGUAAGACUGGGAUUCUGGAAGAUUUUGUGUAGAACAUGAUGUUCCUCAUCAUGUGGCAUCUUUGGCCUUUAUAUACCAAGAUAUAAUUGAAUGUGAAUGUUAUAUAAGUAAUAUUUUUUUCGUUUCUGUUUCUGCUGAUUAUCUUAUGUAGGUUUACAUUAAUGUUCUUAUUAGUGUCAGAACGCCAAAUAGCAAAUUGAAAGCUGCAUAGUCAAUAUGCAUUGUCUGUUUACCAGACCACGUAAAUCAUGAAGUUAGUAAAAAUCAACCUAUUUUGCAUAAAAUCCAUUUUCUUUGAUAAAUAUAACACAUAUUUCAAUUAUUAAAAACAGAAGAUUGCUCGUUUAACGUUAAUUUACCGCUUAGCAUUCAAUUUGCUUUUAGUUUAGGUGAUAAUACAAAAUGCUCUUUGUUACGUCCAAAAUAGACAAUCAGUGUCAUUCCUUUUGAGGAUUACUUGUCUUUUUUAAUAAAAUUCUGCCUCAAAUGAAUAGAAA